AUUGUGGUUGCUGAAUGGGGACAUUGAUAAGGGUCAUCGUGGUGCGAUAUGGUAUGAGCGCAAUCUUGAGCCUCUCGUCACUCGCACUCCUAAGGAAAACUGGAAGAUACACUCAGGAUGGCUUCUGCGGUACGUGCUUUAUUAAUUUGCACACUGACAUGCAUAUUAAUGGUUGAAAUGGGAGACAGUAACUGAAAAGUUCUCUGAUGAAGGUUGAAAUGGGCCGGCCUUUUACCUUUCGCGCGUCUGGUUGAGUCUAUCCCGGGUGAGAAACGCGUCGCCAUCGAUGGGUCUUUGCUGAGCUGCUUAGUGGACCGUUGGAGGCCAGAGACCCACACGUUUCACUUCAGAUGGGGAGAGAUGGCUCCUACUCUGGAGGAUGUGUCACUUUUGCUGGGACUACCGUUGGCAGGUCAUGCCGUAGGACCGUUGGACGCACCGGCUGGUUGGGAGCGAGCUCUCACAGAACGUUUUCACGGUGUUUUUCCGGAUGCUCCCGAUCCGGUAUGGGAGCAUCACGGACCUAAGUAUGAGUGGUUGCUAAAUUUCCGGAUCCAGAACUUCCGGGCGCCCUUGACUGCGGAACAGAUCACUCGGAGCCUCGAGGCCUACUUACUGUGGCUUUUCGGCAAGGUGAUGUUCACGGAGAACCAUGUCACCACUAUCAGCGCCCUCUACAUCCCUAUGGCACUAGAGAUAGCGAGCGCUCAGACGGCGGAUCAGAUCAGACAGAGGAGUUGGGGUUCGGCGGUGUUAGCGGCUACAUACCGAGGUAUGUGCAACGGUUGCCAGCUUACAUCGAGAAAGCCAGCCCUUCUUGGAUGCCCUCUAUUCCUACAGCUGUGGUCGUGGGAGAGGUUCUCUAUAGGGCGACCAGAUGUACGGGUUCAUGAGCCUAUAGACGCCAUGCUUGAUGUUGAGGGCAUCGACAUGCCUACUUUCGGUCUGUGUUGGACUCGUCGCAAGAGACGCUUUGCUAGUGAUCAGACCAGGAAGGCGUACACAGCAUUGAACGAGCAGUUCGAUGCGUACACCAGGGUAAUCUGGCAGCCCUACACGGCAGCAGCCAUACAAGCGAGAUACCCUGCUGGUAUGUCUGUGCUAUGCACAAGGGACCGAGAUUACUGGAUGACAAAAUCGAAGAUCAUCUUCGAUGUCUUCGUCGAGGAGAUGGCACAACAGAGGGUUAUGAGGCAAUUUGGUCUUCUGCAGAUGGAGCUACCUCCCCCUAUAGAGAACCCGGUGCCAGCACACAUCCACAGGUAUUAA